AAACUUUAUAAACCCCUUCUCUGCUUAUAAAGACUCAAAAACAGAUUCAGAAGAAAAAAGAAGAAUCAAGAGAACCAACAAGAAGAGUCAGUCACAUCUUUCUAAACCCUAAGAACUCAUAGUUUGGAAGCUAACAAUAUAGAAUGGCAAAGCAUCAUCCUGAUUUGAUCAUGUGCCGGAAGCAACCAGGGAUAGCUAUAGGGAGGCUAUGUGAGAAGUGCGAUGGUAAAUGUGUGAUUUGUGACUCUUAUGUGCGUCCCUGCACACUUGUGCGGAUCUGUGAUGAAUGCAACUUUGGAUCCUUCCAGAGUCGGUGUGUUAUCUGUGGAGGAGUCGGAAUUUCUGAUGCUUUUUACUGCAAGGAGUGUACUCAGCAGGAGAAAGACCGAGAUGGGUGUCCUAAAAUUGUCAAUUUGGGAAGUGCUAAAACAGAUUUAUUUUAUGAAAGGAAGAAAUAUGGUUUUAAGAAGAUAUAGAUGACUACAUAGUAACAACUCUCUUGCAGGAGUUUAUCUUGUUUUUGACGAUUUGGUUGUUGCAUUACGUUAGCAAGGUCACCCGCAAUUCAAAUGUCAUCAUCCAGGCACUCAAUUUCUUUUGUACUUUUCUGUGAUAGGCUUAGCAUCUGUAUGUUGCAUCCAUAAUCUUUGUAUCUGCAAUUAGGAUUUAACAAUUCUAUAUAGUGAAAGAUCCACUCUGCUUUUUCCUCCUAUUUUGGGAGGCUUAAAAAUUACUAACUGUGAGCUCUUUAUUUGUGCAGUAUUCAGAUGAUUACCUUGCAUUUCUUCUAUCGGAAGUUCACAAAUGCAAAAUCUAUAGGGUGAUGCAAUUUUAAUAUGUUUGAAUUAACCUUGACUUGCUUUACUUUUAUGCUUACCGAAGCUAUCUUUGGGAUUGCGGCGGAUAUCUGCAAAAUGCCUAAACAUCAUUGAGGAAUCGUAUGCAGAUGCAACUUAUAUGACGUUCGUGAUUAUAUAGUCGGCAGACUAGUUUUGCUACCUUCAUGUUAAGGUACACGUAAGGGUAUGAAAACUCAUUUAUUGCAUACAUGCCUCUUAAUAAUGGUGAAUUUUAGGUGAAGUACCAGUACAAAGUAUCUGCAGCUGUAGUGAUAAAUGAAUUAGAUAAAAACAAGCUUAGUCUACGUAUGCGUCUUUCCUGUUUUCUUGGAAAUGCUUCACACAAAUGUCUCAAGUAUCAAUUUCAACUUUUUGUCACUGUGGUUUGUAUAAUAGCAUAUAGCAGCUGUACUAUUACUGUUGCAUUAUGUCAGGCCAUUUCGGUUGCGACUUUUGAAACAAACAAGGCUUGUUGGUUUUCGAAACAUUCAUCGGUCAAACUUUCAAAAAUGAAAUUUCUAGCCACUAAUUGGAGCUUGUAAGCUCUUGGAGCAUUAGGAAGAAAAUUGUACUCCGAAUUUAUUGAAUUUGGAAGUGACAAUUUAUGGAGGUGUAUUUUGGCA